AUGACUUACCGAGGGUUUGGUUACGUGGUGGAUUCCUGUCCUACUAGUGAGACAGAGUUUAUCUCAGCUGCUACCAGACUGAACUGUAGUGAGGACCAGUAUGGACGUAAUCAGUAUACCUGUGUCCCUAACAAAGACAGAUCAGCUCUCGUAGAAUUCUGCUACAGCAAAAUCGUCGGGUUAUAUCAGAAGGGACAUUGCCUGGAGUCUUUUGGAGAUGGAUUCUUGGAUCAGAUCAGUUGUAAUCAUUUUCAAGCCGGUUGUCCAGAUGAAAACUUCAGAGGAACAGACUUACACAAAUUUCCAGCCUGCAGCAAAAUCAACACUGAAAAUCGAUGUUUUUAUGCAGAUCCAUCUUGUUCGAACAGAACAGAAAUUAAUCCUAACAACCAAAGUACACCGGUUGGUGGCAUAAUAAAUUCCACAAUGAGCAUAUUGACCACAGAGACCGGUAAUGUAGUUGAAGAAUCAAGCGAUGCAGGAGUGAUCAAAGGGAGUACCAUUUUUCUAGUAUUGAUACUGUUCUUAGUCCUUGCCAUAAUUUUCUGGAAAAGGAGGAUGUCAAAAAAGAGAAAAUACAAAGAAACUCCACUGGAAAUGGAUCUUCUGCAGGGUAGCUUUAGUCAUCCUCCACGUCUCUUCAACAAACAUACAUUAGAGUUGAAUAUCCGCAGUUUGGUGAUAGUACGUAGGUUCUUUGAGGCCAAGAUGUUCUUUAAAAUGGUGAAUGUUGUCCUAGCCUUGCCAAUUCUUGCCUUGAUGUCGCAGUCUGUGCCACCAUGUCUGUCCACCACACUCCCCAGGUAG